AUGCGUUAUUCGACUGAUGAAUUCCCAACACCGGGUCUAUGUCCAACCAAGGACAGUCCAAAAAUGGCCAAAGGUGGUGGUCGCGCUAACAAUACCCUUCCUGCGCACAAUCCUACCAGCAAUAAAGGUGAUGUUUCUGGUAAGCACCCUCAACGACCGCCCAGACCGAAAUUCCUGCCAGCACGGGUGUGGUUGCGCCCUAAUGCUUGGUGUCUGGCCAAUUCCGUGUGCCAGACAAAAGCAACUGCCACGACAUCGUGGGCGACAGAAUCAGAAUUGCCCCCCCUCCCACGGGUGAAACCCCAUAACUCGCUUCCCGGAUGUCGAAUCAUCUACGACACCGGUUCCACACGCAUUCACCUACUUUCACAGGCCAUUGAGGUGGGAAUGAGCUAUCUCGUAUUUGCUGACACACAGUGA